AUGGCUGAUCUUAGCCGAAGUUCAACUUUGGUGGAGGAUCCUUUACAUGCUUACUCAGGUCUGUCGUUGUUUCCUCGCACUCUGAAAUCCUUGUCGAAUCCUCUUCCUCCUCGUCUUUAUCAAUCAGACGAUCUACACCAGACGCAUACUCUCCUUCAAUCUAUGCCUUUUGAUAUUCAAAAAGAACAUCAGGAGCAGGCAAAGGCUAUCUUAGAUGACAGCUCAGAAGUUUUAAAGGAAGGCAUUGAAACCAGUGUAGCAUCUGAAGAUAUGAAUGUAGGUGGCAAGAUGAACGCUAUUCCAAAUAAACGAGAAAGAAGACCGGGACUAGAUCGUAAGCGGGGACACUUUUCUUUCAAGCCUACGACAAGUCAACCACCUCAAAAUGAACCAACCUUUGAUGGUAGUAAAUAUCCAAAUCCUGAAGAAUACUUUGCUGCAUUUGAAAGAUAUGAAAUUGCCAAACGAGAAUGGCAGAAGCAGACUGGCACCGUUGUGACAGAUACAGACCAGAACCAACCUUCGAGGCGCACUCGCAGACCAGGAAUUCCAGGGAGGAAACGGGGUUCAUACAAGCAUACUUAUACAGAUAGUAAUUUAACUGAUGCUACCAACCUGGAAGCUUCAGAAGAGGAAAACCCCAUUCCUUCUGAACAAAGCUUAGAGAGGACCACCGCUGCAGAGGUUACAACUGCGGACAGAGAAGUAGAUGAUUCAGCCGUAGACACAGACAAGGACGUAGAAAAUAUUUUGACCAGGUUGCUUGCUUGCGAUCCGGAUGAGCUUGAGGGGGAUAAUGGCGUCAAGCUUGUGGAGGAACGCUUGCAGUUCAAGCCCAUUGAUGUAGGAAUGCUUUCUCUCCCUGAAUUUCAAGAGGUUAGGAAAACGGACUUGAAGGUAUCUGGCAGGAACCCAUCAAAGCGAAGGACUGUGUUGACAGAUAUACAGAAUAUGUUAAAAGGGAUCCACAGUGAUGGAGCUCGAAAAAAUAGCCAGUCACCAUCACCAAAUCCACCAGGGGAUCAGUUUUCAUUUCCUGACAGCGACCAUUUGCUUCCAGGAGAUCGACAGUGUAGUGAGGUUGAUCUAGCAAAGGAUUUGAAUACCUGUUCCGGAUCUCGAGUGACCAACGAUCCUGAUAAAGUUAUAACUAAUGCAUCCCCAUCUAAUGUGGGCACUAUAUACGUUGAUAGCCCUUUCAACAGCUCAGUGCAGAAGACAUCCAAUGAAGAUGAUUCUGAUACUCAUUCUGGCAUCCGUAGAUUUUAUUCAAGUCCAGAUGGAAUUGCAGAUAACUGUAAGGACGAUUGCAUCACAAACAGAGAUUCAGCCACGCUAGAGGUGAAUGUAGACAUGCAAACAAAAGGAAAUAAGGGAGAUGUGCCCAUAAGUGAAAGUGAAGUAACAGAUCAAAUACAAAGACUGGCGGAAUAUGCCAUUAGAGAUUCUGCAAGAAUGGAUCCUUCUACUCUAGAAGAGGAUAGCAUCCCGUGUCAACAAGAUGAAUCCUCAAAAUCUCCAAACAGAGCUCCAGAACAGUGCAACACAGUGGAUGAAACCUUUAAACAUGAAGAGCACAUUCAAGGAAAACAUGGAGAGGGAAAUGACAACACGGACACCGCUUGUGGAGCUGAAGUAGAAAAUGCUCAGCAGGAGGUUCACAAUUCUUCACACAAAGAAUCAAAUAAACGAAGAAAGAGAGGAUCUUCUGAUAGCAGUAUGAAAAAGCGAAGCAAAACUGUGCAUGGUGAGAGUGAAGGGGACAAGCAAAUGAAAACAUUAUCACAUGAAAGUGGAGCAAAGAAGCAAACCAAAAAAAGAUCCAACGAGAGAGGGGAGAAGAAGCAAAUGAAAACAGUAACACGCGAGAGUAAAAUAUUCUCUCGUAGGAAAAGUCUUGCAGGUGCUGGUACGAAAUGGGAAUCUGGUAUCAGACGAAGUACGAGGAUUAAGUCGAGACCACUUGAAUACUGGAGAGGUGAAAGAUUCCUGUUCGGACGCAUUCACCAGAGUUUGGCUACUGUUAUCGGCAUAAAGUAUGAAUCCCCGGGAAAGGAGAAAAGCGAAAAGCCCAAAUUGAAGGUGAAAUCAUUUGUCUCUGAUGAUUAUAAAGAGCUGAUUGAUUUAGCUGCCUUGCAUUGA